AAAAAUCUGACGAAAAUACAAAUAAAAUUUCUGAGAAGUUAUCAUCAACACAUAGAAGAAAGAUUGAUAAUCUAUAUUGUGUGUAAAUUUCUCCAUUCUGAAUUUCUCCAUAUUCUGUUGGGACACGAAUUACGAAUACAUGGCUACGCUUCAGGAUCAGAAUAUCAGUAUACAUUUCGAUGGGGCUUCUUUGUUUGGAAAGAAUGAUACUUCCAAGGCCAUUAAGAAAGGAGGAGGGCUUGGUGGAAGAAAAGCACUUAAUGACAUCUCAAACUCAGCAAAGCCUUCUUCUCUGCAGGCAUCAAAGAAAAAUUACUCGACGAGUGUAAUUUCCAUUGGGAAAGAUCUUAAUGCUACGAAAAACAAAUUUAGUGCUGGGACAAAAGAUAACUUUGCUAAAGUACCUGAAAAGGGUGGCAGGAAAGCGCUGACUGAUCUUACAAAUUCAAGCAAGCCAUCAGCACAGCAGGGGUCCAAGAAGGGGCUUGAUAAGAAAUUGAAUGCUGCUGCAGCAGUAAAGAUUCCAACUUCUAUAGCUGAUGAACAAUUUCUGCAUGAUCAUGAGAAGUGCAUCAAAGCACAGAGGAAGGUGAUGGACAUGGAUUUUUUUCUGAAGGAAGUUGGACUAGACAAUGAUAUCCCUGUGCAGAUAGCAUCUCCACCUGUGCCUAAACACUCAAUGAAAUCAAUGUCUUCCAUGUACCAGCUAGAGACCCCUGUGAAGAAGCACUUUGAGGUGGAAGAGGUGCCAGGACUGCUGAUUGAUCAGGUUCCUCAAUGUGAUAAAAGGGGAACCUGUACAGACUCUUCGCCUUCUCUGGGAUCUCCUUUAUCACCAAAGCUAUCAUAUAUGAGCUGGAAAGAUGUCAGCACUCCAUGUUUUGCCUUAACUGAAUCGCCCAACCGAUCAAAUCAUUGAUGCGUCUUCUUAGAUGCUUGAUCACAAGCACCCUUAUUCAUUUUGGUUGGUCAUCAGUCUAUUGGCUAAUUGACUGUUGAACUUGUUUAGUUCCUUCUGGUUUUGCAGCAAGAAGGCAGAGAGAGUAGCUCCUUCUUCUCUCAUGAUUUACAUUUUCGUCAUAUGUUAACUGAUGUUUUGGAUUCUGUUCCUCCUAUUGUAAAAUUUAAUUUCCUGAUUCAGACGAUUAUGAAUUUGCUGGAGUUAGUUGUACCUUCUCGUGGAA